AUGUAACAGUAGCUAAUACUGAAAUAGUUUGAACAUUUUAAAAUUGCGGUUGAGAUGAAAAAUUAAACUCUAUUAAGUAUUAUUCAAAGACUAAAUUUGUGAUAUUCCCUUAGAAAUAAUGAUUUGCAUCAAAACUUUCAUUAUAUUUGAGGAGCAUAGGCUAAUUAAAAGUAAUUAAGACUUCUUCAACAUUCUCUGGAAAUUAAGUAAUUAAUUCAAGUUUCAUUUAAGGAGAAACAGAAUAAAAACAUGUACCAACCAUAUUCAAAGUAUUAAUACAAACCCAAUCUUUUUCAACUAUGCAAUUAUCAGAACAUCCAUCACCAUUAUCAAGGUUUCCAUCAUCACAGCCUUCUUCAUGUACAUAUAAACCAUCUCCGCAUAAUGGUAAACAUAAAUUAUUAUCAAGAUAUCUUCCAAUUUCACAUGUAUAGCAUAUGCCAUUAUUACAAUCAAUGCAAUAUGAAUCGCAAACAAGUUUACAAUUAAUGCAAGAAUUUGUAACUUAUGUACCAUCAUCACAUUAUUCAUUUCCAACUAUCAAUCCAUCUCCACAAUAUGGAACACAAAUGAAAUUUUCUACUAACCAUCCUAAUUCUUUGCAUUUAUAACAUUUUCCAUCUAUACAAUCAUCACAUAUUUCCUAACAUUAAAAACUACAAUCAUAACAACCAUCAAAUUAUUACUAGUUACCAUCGUCACAUUAUUCAUAAGGCGAUAUAACAAUUCCAUCUCCACAUAAUGUAAAGCACUAAUUUUA